AUGCUUGCUUCUGCUGGAAUCCCGAUGAAGAAGUGGGCUUCGAAUUCCGUCGAAGUCCUUGAAGACAUUCCACCCGAAGACCGAUCAAUCCAGCCGUGGCACGAUUUGCAAGAUCCUCAAUCCGUCAGCACUCUCGGUCUAAUCUGGGAGCCUAUAACCGAUAUCUUUCGGUUCAAGGUCCUAGCCGUUACGAAAGCGAAGCUGUUCAUGCAGCGCCUGUGGACACUGAAAUCCUCCGACAACGAACGCUACGAUUGGGACCAACCAUUACCUUCAAAGCUACAGCAAGAGUGGAAAGAGUUCCACAGUACCAUUGAUCUUCUUCGAGAAGUUCGAAUUCCACGGUUUGCUUCCAUCGCCGGGGCCGUCAGCAUCGAACUCCAUUUCUUCGCUGAUGCUUCAGACAAGGCUUACGGCACGUGUUGCUAUGUUCGUGCGCAAUCUGCCCAGGAAGUAUCCGUGAAACUGUUGGUCUCCAAGUCUAAAGUUUCACCCCUAGCAGUACGUCAUACUAUAGCUCGAUUAGAGUUAUGCGCAGCUCAUCUUUCCAUGCAGCUGUACAAGAAAGUCGCUUCGUCAUUAAGAGUUGUUCCACCUGCCUUCUUCUGGUCGGACUCCACCACCGUGAUACAGUGGCUUCGAUCAUCACCUGGACGUUGGAAAACGUUCGUAGCCAACCGUGUGAGUCAAAUUCAUUCUUCUACCCCAAUCGAUAAGUGGAAUCACGUUGCUGGUUCGGACAACCCAGCUGAUGACAUCUCCAGAGGAUUGGAUCCAGCCGAACUUCUCAACAAGGCAAGGUGGUGGAAUGGUCCAUCCUGGUUAAAAUCUCCUCCUGAGCUCUGGCCAAUAGGAGCACUCCCAACGAAAGAAACCGUCGAAGUAUCCCAUGAAUGCCGUAAAAUUCCCAUUGUAGCAAUGACAGCCAUCCAAAGCACUUUCCACGAAGACCUGUUCUCCAAAUAUUCCAGUUUUUCUAAACUUCGUCGUAUGGUCGCAUGGUGGUUGCGAUAUCUGCAAGCUCUUCGUGAACGUGCAAUCGUUCGUCAUUCCAAAGCGAUCAGUCCUGGAAUACCGAAAGGAUCCAAUGAGCCGUGUAACCCCCUCAAUUCCGAUGAACUCCUAUCAGCCGAGCGAAUCCUAUGUAAAUUAGCGCAGUUAGAGAGCUUUCAAGAAGAGCGUAAUGAUCUCGUUGUACGUACGAGCGUAUCCAAAUCAAGUCCGUUGAAGUGGUUGAAGCCCUAUGUUGAUGUAUUCGGACUGAUUCGCGUAGGAGGACGCCUAGACAAUGCUGAUUUAUCUGAGUCCACCAAGCACCCGAUUGUCCUGAGCGGCAAGCAUCCAUUAGCGAGUAUGCUCGCUGUGCACUACCACAAAACACUUCUUCACGCUGGCUCACAGUUAAUGCUGUCAACUGUCCGCCAGAAAUAUUGGAUUCUCGGCGGACGAAACCUCAUUAGACGCACCUAUCAUCAGUGCAUCACUUGCUUCCGUAGCAAGCCGCAGUUGAUUCGGCAAACCAUAGCAGAUCUACCUGCAUCCCGUGUCACUCCGACGCGUCCAUUCUCCGUCUGUGGCGUAGAUUACUGCGGUCCAUUCUAUGUCAAGUCGGCAAUCCGGAAACGAGGCCCAACGAAGGUAUAUGUGGCAAUUUUCAUUUGCUUCUCUACACGCUCUGUACACAUUGAGCUCGUGAGUGACCUCACGACUGCCGCAUUCGUCGCCGCACUGCGUCGACUGAUAGCUCGAAGGGGGAAGGUUACCGAGCUGCACUCCGACAACGCCACGACCUUCAAGGGUGCUUCGCACGCCAUGCAUCGCGUGUAUCGAAUGCUGAAGCAGAACGACGUUGACCGGAACCAAAUCUUUUCCUGGUGCGCAAAUAAUGAGAUCCGGUGGAGAUUCAUCCCGCCCCGUGCACCUCAUUUUGGAGGACUGUGGGAGGCUGCGGUGAAGUCCGCGAAGACCCACCUACUCAAAGAGAUUGGCAAUACCAGUCUUGCCUACGAGGACAUGCUCACCUUACUAGCGCAGGUCGAGAUGUGCCUCAAUUCGCGCCCAUUAACGCCGCUGUCGUCGGAGCCAUCAGACCUGGAAGCCUUGACACCCGGUCACUUCCUGCAAACUCAGCGUCACCUCCAACGAAUCUGGGCACGCUGGUACCCAGAAUACCUCCAGCAGCUGCAGUCCAGAGCUGCUCAAGGCUGCAAGUCACCCAGCAAGAUCGAGAUCGGACGGCUCGUCGUUGUCAAGGACGACUGCCUUCCACCUCCCCAAUGGCCUCUCGGCAGAAUCGUCAAGGUCCAUCCAGGGAAGGAUGGAAUCGUCAGAGUGGUCACACUGAAGACUUCAUCCUCGGACAACGUCGUGCGACCCGUAGCACGAAUUGCGUUGCUGCCAAUAUCCAGCGAUCAUUCCGAUGCACACGUCGAACACAACUAG